GAACGAGAGAGAGCAGAGCAGCGAACACACACAUGCAGCCAGACCAGCCGAGAAGGCAAAUGAGGGAUGGAUGCACUUCCAUUCGCGCUCUGGAAUAACGGAUUAGCAAGUGACAUCGCAGAACAGACGGUGAUUAUUAAACUAUUACAAAUCCAUUAAAACAGGCAGUAUUACACACCACUCUCUUUAGUAGGAAGCGGAGGAAUCACUUCCUGGAAUUUCACCAUCCAGCAGUUUGGAAACUAUAAACGAACAAUGCAUUCUGCCGCCGACAACUAACUUAAAAUGAAGACAUACCGAGGCAGUAACAGAAAAGAGUAUCAGAGACUCUCUUUUAUCAAAUCUUUCUCUUCUCUCCUUUCAGGAGAACCUGAUAAGCCUCCGCGAUUCUCACCACGCGACCAGCGCGUCCGUCAGUAGGGUCACCUUCGGAAUUAACACGGGCGUCUUGUGGACGUGCGUGUGAGUGAGCUAGAGACCGUUAUCCAUUUGGAGCGAGAGAAGGAGAGAGUCUGGAUAUAACCACUAUCCAACCCUCCAGACAGCAGCAGAAGCCGCAACCGGAGUCGGUCCUCCAGAGUAGCCGUCUAGCCGCACCCCCAGUCCCGCAGCCCCAUGCAGGAUGCCCGGAGGGGAGCGCUGGUCCUGGGGUGUCCUCCUGGUCCUACUCAGCCCGAGUUCAUGACGCCCUGGGCUGCUUCAUCAUGCGUCUCCUACCGGCUCCAAGCGCUCAAUCUCUCCGGCUACUCUUUCUCUUUAUCUUCGUGAUGGGGGUGGCCCCUUCCCCGGCUCUUACAGCAGGCUGCCCUGACAGGUGUGUGUGUGACGACCAGCUGGUGGUCCAGUGUGCCGGGCAGGAGCUCACCCUCUUCCCCAUCGACCUCCCUCUAGCUACCCGCCAACUCAUCAUCUCCAACAACCGCAUCAGAGAACUUCCAGCAUUGCAACUCAACUACCUGUCUGAUCUAGUAUACCUGGACGUCAGCAACAACAUCCUGAUGGAGAUCUCUGAGUCCACCUUCGGGAAUCUCCGGAAGCUGGCCUACCUAGACCUGUCCUUCAAUACACUGACCCAGAUCGAGGACCGGACGUUUGGACCGUUGUCUAGCCUUGUGAUGCUACGGCUAACAGACAACCCGGGGCUAAGUGAGAUCCACCCGGACGCGUUCUCAGAGAACGUGGCUCUGCAGGUGCUGGAUGUGAGCAGGAACAACCUGACGACGCUGAACAUCAGCUCUCUGAUUGCCCUGCCCUCUCUGCGCUCCAUGGGGCUCAGUGGAAACCCCUGGAGGUGUGACUGCGAGACAGAGGACCUCUGCCUCUGGGUCCAAAUAGAAGGAUUCAAGUUCCAAGACGAGGGCCAGACAGUGUGCCAGGAGCCUCCAGAGCUGUCUGGGCAACGGUUGGCUGAAGUGGGCAUGCAGCUGAGGGCAGACUGCCACCAGGGCCUGGGCUACUGGGACUACCUGUUCUUCAUCGCUAUCGGCUUUGUCAUCUUCAGUGCCGGCACCGUGUCGGCAUGGGUGAUGGGUGUCCUCAUGGUGCUGUACGAGAGAUACAACAAGAGAAAGGGGGAAGACAUGGACAGUGAUGAUGAGGAGGAGAGACAUAUGGGGGGAGGGAUGAUGGGGGGAGGGAAUCAGGGGAAUGGGGAUGUGAAUAAGCCUGGCAUGCAGGUGUGAUUGAGUUAUGAGGAGGAGGGGGAGAGGAAGAGGGGAUGGGACUCUGAACAGCCGGAAGAGAAGAGGCGAAAAAGGCAGAAGAGGAAGAAGAGAGGAUACAUUAGGAAGAGCUUUGGAGUGAUGGAAGGACACUGAAGAAAAGAAGAGGAAUAGAGUAAUUAGAAUAAAGACACUGGGACCUUGGACUCUGUAGAAAGACAGUCCUGUUCUGACUGGGUGUCUCUGAGUGGGAGAAAACAGGACAGACAUUUUACCCCGUGUGUGUGUGUGUGUGUGUGCGUGUGCGAGAGAGAGAGAGAGAGAGAGCAAUAAGGGGAAAUAGGCCUUCCACUUCAGGACUGCAGAGUGACUUCUGAACUAUUAAGAGCAAUAAGCCCCCCACUGUUACAUCACACACACACACACACACACUCAUCACAGAUGCUAAGAGCUGGUUUCUCUGGUAAAUCAAAAAGACCCUGGAAUAGUGAAUAAACCGGUACACACACAGGUUGUAAGUCUACAGUAAUAUUCUAGUUCUGCCCAGAGUUAGCUACGGUAACUGGGGCAGAACCAUUGCACAGCAUCUCUCUCACCAGGGGGAACAAGUGAUUCAUAGGUCUAGACAACCCUGCCCCUCCUCUGUCUCCCCCCUCCCUUCUGUCCACCUCAAACUCUUUAGCACAGAGCAUACACAUGAGAGUAGUGUGUGUGUGAGCCAGGUUAUUUCCAGUGUAGUUGAUGAGAGCAGCAGUGUGUGUGUUAGCCAGGUUAUUUCCAGUGUAGUUGAUGAGAGCAUUAGUGUGUGUUAGCCAGGUUAUUUCCAGUGUAGUUGAUGAGAGCAGCAGUGUGUGUGUGUGUUAGCCAGGUUAUUUCCAGUGUAGUUGAUGAGAGCAGCAGUGUGUGUGUGUGUGUGUGUGAGCCAGGUUAUUUCCAGUGUACUUGAUGAGAGCAGCAGUGUGUGUGUUAACAAUGUUAUUUCCAGUGUAGUUGAUGAGAGCAGCAGUGUGUGUGUUAACAAGGUUAUUUCAAGUGUAGUUGAUGAGAGCAGCAGUGUAUGUUAGCCAGGUUAUUUCAAGUGUAGUUGAUGGGAGCAGCAGUGUGUGUUAGCCAGGUUAUUUCCAGUGUAGUUGAUAAGAGCAUUAGUGUGUGUUAGCCAGGCUAUUUCAAGUGUAGUUGAUGAGAGCAGCAGUGUGUGUUAGCCAGGUUAUUUCCAGUGUAGUUGAUGAGAGCAUUAGUGUGUGUUAGCCAGGCUAUUUCAAGUGUAGUUGAUGAGAGCAGCAGUGUGUGUGUUAGCCAGGUUAUUUCCAGUGUAGUUGAUGAGAGCAGCAGUGUGUGUGUUAGCCAGGUUAUUUCCAGUGUAGUUGAUGAGAGCAGCAGUGUGUGUUAGCCAGGUUAUUUCCAGUGUAGUUGAUGAGAGCAGCAGUGUGUGUGUUUAUAUGUGGGCGUAGAGCAUUAGGAGGAUGUCAGUACUACGUUUCACUGGGUGGGUAAUUUGUAAUCACACUCCGUGUCCCUGCCUACUGAGACGCAUCCACACUGACACACAUGCAUUCCUCUCAAGGGCACAGCUAAAGUCAGACCCUCAGGCCUGGGAACAUUAACACCCCUCUUUCCAUCUGUCUUUCCAUCUCUCUCUUCAUCCCUCUCUCCAUCCCUCCACACGCAGGAGAUGAGUCCAUAGCUGUCACUACAUGCAACCCACACAUGUGAACAAGCAGGCACACAAGCAAGUAGACACUCACACACUCAUGCACACACACAGACACACUAACAUAUGCACACAGACACACACACACAAACAUACGCACACAUGCACAGACACAGAUACACAGCUCAAUUGUCAAAGCUUUAGCUGGUCAAUGUCAGAUGAUAGAUUUAUGAGCAGCUAAACCGUCUCAGCAGACUCACAGCCUCAGGACAGAUGAGACUGCUGUUAAGGUGUCUGUUCCAUGUAUUGGGGGACUGUUUUUAUGUUGACAGGGCCAGAAGGGGUACGUGUUAACUCGUGAGAGGACAGAGCAGGGUAUAAAUACUAUCACUGAAGGAUCAACAGGAUCAGGGGGAUUUAGGGUGUGUAAAGGGUGUAAGAGGUGUGGGGAUAAAGGGUUUGAGUCCAAUGGUCGGGAUGUAAGGGUGUAGAGAGGUCAUGUAGGGUGUGUGUGUUUACAAAUGGAAGGCUUGGGUAUGUGUGUGUGUGUGAGGGUUCUCUCUCGGUUACAGAACUGUUGUUGCGCAGUGAGUCGCCAAGGGCAAUGUACUAGAAUCUUGCUGAUGUCAGCAACUGACCAAUAAGAGUAUCCUCUGGCACCUGAGGCCCCCUUUCAUCCCCCGAGAGCACUGUGUGUCUGUGUGUGUGUGCAUGCUGUGACCUCAGCCAAGGUCCUGUGAGUGUAUCAUUGUGUGUGGCUCUUGCUUCUGGUUGACUCAGGGGUGAGUGGGUUGGUAUAUUAAACAGCCAUCAACGUUCAUGCAUUGUUGCAGAAUGUCAUGAUCUUGCCAUCAGAUUAGGGCUGCAUCUCAAGUCUACAGGGGCUUCAUCUACUUGCCUCCUCUCCUUCAUAUGCACUAGUGCUUCCCUAGGGCUUGAAAUUAAGGAGACGAGACAAGAAAAGGAAUCUUCAAACUGUAAACUUUUGCACCGGAGGAGGGCAGUCAUAGAAACCGAUUACUGAUAAUAAUAAUAAUAAUAACAAUAUUAAUCGUGUUCAGAUCCGAGAGUAGAAAGAGAGAAGUAGACCUCCGUCUAGCGCUGUCAGUGCCAUCAAUAAUCUAGUGAUAUUGGUGAACUUAUCCACAGUUACUUACGUGUCCUUAAAAAUUGCCUUUAACAAAUUACAAAAAAACUUUUCGUUGUGUUCAAAUGUGUAGCAUAUUAAAAACUGUAUAGCUUAUUGUUUUAUUGGUUUUUACUUUCCUAAAACAAUAAUUGUCCACUUUACGGUUCAGAUCUCCAAGAUUAGAGCACUAAAUCCCCCAGGGCACUAAAUCCCCCAGGGCAUUCAUUGCAUGCAGACAGGCAAAUACACCAAGGUGUCCACUGUGGAUGAAUAUUACAAACAUAAAUAUAAAGGAAGAGAAGCUUAGGCCUAGCCUUAGAGAGGCCGAGAAAUGUUCCCGACACCGACAUGCUUCCUUUAUCCUUGUCAGAUAGGCUACUAUUAUACAGAAAGGCGUACAGAAGGAGGCUAAUUGGUUAAUAUUUUUUUAUAAAGAUAAGCAUUAUAUUGUUAGAUUAAAGGAGUAACUCUGUAAGGCCUAAAACAUUCUUCCUUACCUCAAGUUGAACUGUCGGAGAGAUUUGGAGCGCCGGUGCGCGCUGCCUUCAUAGCCCUGUAGUAGCUCAGCCUAAUAAUAGACAUACCACACCAAACCUUCAUAAAAUACCAACAGGUUAUUACAUUGCGGCAACAAUUUCAACGAUUUUACUGAGUUACAGUUCAUAUAAGGAAAUCAGUCAAUUGAAAUGAAUUCAUUAGGCCCUAAUCUAUGAAUUUCACAUGACUGGGCAGAGGCGCAGCCAUGGGUGGUCCUGGGAGGGCAUAGACCCACCCACUUGGGAGCCAGGCCCAGCCAAUCAGAAUUAGUUUUUCCCCAUAAAAGGGCUUUAUUACAGAAAGAAAUACUCCUCAUUUUCAUCAGCUGUCCGGGUGGCUGGUCUCAGACAAUCCCGCAGGUGAAGAAGCCGGAUGUGGUCCUGGGUUGGCAUGGUUACACUUGGUUUAUUCAGCUUCUUGAUAUGCCACACUUGUCAUGUGGAUGGAUUAUCUUGAAAAAGUUGAAAUGCUCACUAACAGGGAUGUAAACAAAUAUGUGCACAAAUUUUGAGAGAAAUUAUCUUUUUGUGCUAAUAUUAUGUAUUUUAUUUCAGUCGGUAAUUCAACACAAGCACACAAGCACACACACACACACACCACACACACCACACCACACCACACCACACCACACCACACCACACCACACCACACCACACCACACCACACACACACACAUUGGGGGAUCACAGAGCUGGUUACACAGACACAUACUAGGGGGCCUUGCUUCACAGAUCUCUGUCCCAUGAAUGAGCUGGUCCAGACAGAGAUGACUGCACACCCGGGGGAGAGCUGGUGUGUGUGUUUGUUUUUUGUGUGUCCAGUCUGUUCUGGAGAGUUCCGGUUUCAAGCAGUCCACUGAACCAUUAUCAUACAAGUUGGAUACACACACAUUGCUAGUGUCUGGGUAGGCUCGGAGAGAAGAGCAGGCUCAGAGAUAUCACGUGCAUUUCUCUCUCUCUCUCUCUCUACUUCCUAGUGCCAUUCUCUCACAUCUGCUACUGUGAGGCUCUAAUCUCUCACACCUAUCUCUCUCUCUCUAUCCCUCUCUAUCUCUCCUUCUGUAUUCAUCUCGGUCUCUCUCCAUAACUGGGGGCAGAGUUGUACUCAACAACACAGCUGUGGUGUGUGUGUGUGUUUUUUGGUUUUAUUGUCCUUGUGUGGACCAGAAGUCCUCACAAGAAUAGUAAACAAGGAAAAGUGGAGACAUUUUGGUCCCCACAAGGAAAAAAGGCUAUUUUAGACUUACGGCUUAGGUUUAGGGUUAUGGUUACGAUUAGGGUUAGGAGUUAGAGUUUGGAGUUAAGGUUAGGGUUAGGUUUAGGGUUAUGGUUACGAUUAGGGUUAGGAGUUCGAGUUUGGAGUUAAGGUUAGGUUUAGGGUUAGGAGUUAGAGUUUAGGGUUAGGGUUAGGGUUAGGAGUUAGAGUUUGGAGUUAAGGUUGGGGUUAGGGUUAGGGUUAGGAGUUAGAGUUUGGAGUUAAGGUUAGGUUUAGGGUUAGGAGUUAGAGUUUGGAGUUAAGGUUAGGGUUAGGUUUAGGGAAAAUAGGAGGAAAAUUUGAAUGGAAAUCAAUUGUUUGGUCCCCACAAGGAUAGUAAAACAAAUGUGUGUACGUGUGUUAGCUCCAAGGACAGUAUCAGAGCGUGAGUAUAAAGAAACCAUCUAAUGCAAUAAGUCAAUUACUCAUCCUGCCAUACACACACACACACACACACACACACACACACACACACACACACACACACACACACACACACACACACACACACACACACACACACACACACACACACACACACACACACACACACACACACACACACACACACACACACACACACACACGUCAUCAUCAAGGAGGGGGAAAGCUAAACACAACUAUUGCUCUUGUCCACACACUUCUAUGGUGACUUUACGUUCAGCACACAUACACUUUGCACAGCAUACCAGUCAGACAUUGUACUGAGUACAGGAAAAUCUAGUUGUCUGCAGUAAUCCGUUUGAUUGCUUGUCCUUGGAUGGGCCUCAGUGGAGAAAGGGGGAAGAAGGGAGAGAGAGAUGGAAAAGAAGAGAUGAGAGGAACCACUAUAAAAUUCACUUCACAAUAUAUAUGCUGUAGGAAUGAAAAAGUGAAAUGAAUGUCCAUUACGUAGUAGUGUUUUUUAACUAAAUGAUGUGAUUUCAUGAAAUAGCACAUUUGGUUUGUAUGGUGUGAACCUGAGUAUGGAGAGGAAGAGAGAGAGAGAGGGCUGCCCCUUCAACUGCUAACACCACAACGGUUAUUUGACAGGCUAACAGAAUCUUCUUGUUACUGGCGAUGUACAACCUGUACACACUCUGUCCUUACCAGUAGAAACCAGUACCCACAUAGACACACACACACACACACACAUAUAUACACACACACCACUCUACUACUGUAUGACUCUACACAUGGCUGUCUUUUGUCUACAGCAGUUCCAGCUAUUUAAAACUGCAGUAACUUAUAUUAAGUCAUAUUGUAUCUUUUACUAUUAUUAAAGGAUGUUUAUGAAUGUG